AUGGCGGGAACUAGUAUAACAACGUUAAAAUUAUUAGGAUUAGGUUCAUUAGGUUUAUUAACUUCAUCAAUUAUAUAUCAAUCAAUUCAAAAUAUUCCUAUAUUAAUAAAUCAAUUAAAUUCAAUAUAUCAAUUUAAUAUUUUUAAAUUAAAUAAUCAAUUAACAUUAACAAAAAAUUAUAUAUUUGGUUCAAGAAUUGUAAAUAUUUUAUUAACUGGUUUAAGUACUUUUUUGUUUUCAUUAGCUUUUAAAUAUAGUCCAAUUGAUGAAAAACAUCCUUAUUUAAUUUAUUCUGCUAUUGGUGCACCAUUAACUUUAUUAGGAAUUUAUUUUAAUUCUUGGAAUUAUGAAGAUAAAAUUUUAUCAAAACCAGAUUUAAUUACAACUACUGCACCAAAAACUAAAUCAAAUAGGUCUAAUGUAACAAGUACAACUCCAUCAUCAGUUAUAUCUGAAGAAGAUGCAGCUAAUAAUCAAGAUUUAAAUGAAUUUGAUGAACCAGAAAUUAUUUCAAAAGUUAAUACUGCUGAUGAUUUAGGAAAAUCUUAUGUUCAUCUUUCUGAUGAAAGUGGAAUUUCAACUCCAACUUCAACUCAACCACCAUCUCCACAAAUUAAACAUCAAUCAGAUGAAGAAGAAGAUGAUGAUGAACAUAACGUUAUUGAAGAAGAGACUAAUGAACCAAAAGAAGUUAAACAUUCAGAUGAAGUAGAUUUAGAAAUUCAAAAUAUUUUAAUAAAAAAAGAAAUUGUUCAAGAUUUGGAAAAUAUUAAAUUUGGUUUUAAAUUAGGUUCUUAUAUUUCAAGUUUUAGUUUAAGUAUUGCUUUAAUUGGUUUAAUUGGUGAUUUAUAUUUUGUAUAA